CUCAGCUAUCUGUCACAUUUGCACACACACGCGCAUGGCAGUGUGUCUUUAGUUGUUUUUUUUUUUCUUUUUCUAAUUUCGAGUGAAGCAUAUUAACAAAAUUCGUGCGCAACAACAAGAAAUACGCAACAAUUCGGAUUCACUUUUCGCCAGCGUGGGCAAAAGCGAAAAGCGAGGAGAGAAAAAAAAAACACGCUACCAUGGCCGAGUAUUGGCAGCAGCAGCAGUCACAGCAACAGCAGCAGCUGCCUCAGCAGCAGCAGCAACCACAACAGUUGUCCCAACAACUAACAAAUGGAGCUGGAGAUUCAACGUGCUCGAACACAGCCAAUGGCCACUCUAAUAAUAAUAAUUAUGUAAAUUUUAAUCAAUUUAUUAGUCAACACAAUUUGGCCAGUUCCGUUUAUAAUGUUAGCGGCGGCGGCGGGGGUGCCUUUGGCCUGACUCCAAGCAGCAGCGCCAGCAGCGGCUCUAAUUUAUAUGCGCCACACUUUUAUGGCAAUCAAAAUGGCGACAGUUACAAUGCAGCUGGCGCAGCGGUUGCCUAUCCUGUGGUCUAUCCAAAUCCUUAUACAUCCUUCGGCAGCAAUCCGUUUGCUGCUUCUGCUGCUGCCUCGACUGGCUACGAUUUCAGCGCUUCCAAGCUUCAGGCAACAGCGCCCGAAUUUGUGCCCAAUUUUGCCAAGCUGAGUUUAACAGCGGCAGCAACAGCGACAGCACCGAUGACAGAGAGUGCCUCUGUUAAAAAUCAUAGCAACAACAACAACACUGCCACACAGCCAAACGGAGGAGAAGCAGCAACAGCAGCGUCGAGUGGGAAUUCAGCUCAGCAACCACAUCGAUCAGAGUUUAGACAAUCGAAGAGUCAAGCCAGCAAUAGUGGGGGCGGCGGAGGCGGUAACAACGGCCGCCAGCAGCGACGUAACGACUAUCGUGAGGAGCGCAAUGAGGAGCGGUAUGAGCGUGGCAAGAAGCCGCAGAAACAGCAACGUUACGAUAAUCAUCGCAGCAAUAAACGACGCGACGAUUGGAAUCGUAAUCGUGAUCGCAUCAAUGGCUAUCCACGCGCCGCCGAGGAGUUGGACACUAGCAACAGCAACGACAGUGCGCAGGCUUCGCCCGAGAAGCAACAAAAUCACCAGCAGCAACAAAUCUCGCCUAGGCGCGCACCUGAACUGGAGAAGCUGUCACAGCGCGAGAAGCUAAUGCGAGACAUUGAGCAGCGCCGACUCGAGUGCCUUGUCUGCGUGGAACUGAUCAAGGCCCAUCACGGCACCUGGUCGUGCCAGAACUGUUAUCACGUGCUGCAUCUAAAGUGCACCAUCACCUGGGCGAGCAGCUCCAAGUCGAACGAGGGCUGGCGCUGUCCGGCCUGCCAGAAUGUGCUGCAAGAGCUGCCGCGCGACUAUCUCUGCUUCUGUGGCAAGCUCAAGAAUCCGCCGUUGACGCGCAACGAAUUGGCCCACAGCUGCGGCGAGCUCUGCUGUCGCGUCGAGGGUUGCAGCCAUGCGUGCACCCUGCUUUGUCAUCCGGGCCCGUGUCCGCCGUGCCAGGCUAACGUGACGCGCAGCUGCGGCUGUGGUCGUACCUCCAAGAUAAUGCAGUGCGCCAUGAAGCAGCCGCUGCAGUGCGACGCCAUUUGCGACAAGCUGCUGAACUGCGGCGAGCAUCGCUGCCAGCAGCCCUGCCAUGCGGGCAAGUGCGAGGCGUGCGCGGAGCAAGUGCAGCAGAACUGCCAUUGCGGCAAGCAGCAGCGCGAGGUGCUGUGCACCCGGGAGACGCAGGACAAGCGGAGCUACUCGUGCAAGGAGUGCUGCGGCAAGCCCCUGCCGUGUGGCAAUCACAAGUGCAAGGAUUCGUGUCAUGCCGGCGCCUGUCGCCCCUGCAAGCUGAGUCCUACUCAAAUCACCAGCUGUCCCUGUGGCAAGCUGCCCGUGCCGGCGUCACAGCGCAGCAGCUGCCUCGAUCCGGUGCCCACGUGCGAGGGGACGUGCAACAAAACGCUGCGCUGCGGCAAGCCAGCGCAUCCGCAUCAGUGCGCCAGCAAGUGCCACCUGGGCCAGUGUCCGCCCUGCCCGAAGCAGACGGCUGUGAAGUGUCGCUGCGGCCACAUGGAUCAGAUGAUCAAGUGCCGGCAGCUGUCGACGCGAGCGGACGAUGCGCGCUGCAAGCGACGCUGCACCAAGAAGCGCAGCUGCGGCAAGCACAAAUGCAACGCCGAGUGCUGCAUCGAUAUCGAUCACGCCUGUCCAUUGCCCUGCAAUCGAACGCUGACCUGCGGACGGCACAAAUGCGAUCAACCCUGCCAUCGGGGCAAUUGUCCGCCCUGCUAUCGCAGCAGUUUCGAGGAGCUCUAUUGCGAGUGCGGCGCCGAGGUCAUCUAUCCGCCGGUGCCCUGCGGCACCAAGAAGCCCGUCUGCAAGCGCCCCUGCUCGCGCACCCACGGCUGUGAGCAUCCGCCUCAGCACAAUUGCCAUGCGGCGGCCACCUGCCCGCCCUGCAUGAUGUUCACCACGAAGUGGUGUCACGGCCAGCAUGAGCAGCGCAAGACCAUACCCUGCUCCCAAGCCAGUUUCAGCUGUGGCCUGGCCUGUGGCAAGCCGUUGCCCUGCGGCCGACACAAGUGCAUUCGGCCCUGCCAUGAGGGCGAGUGCCAGCAGGCGGGCGAGCAGUGCCGCCAGAGCUGCACCAAGCCGCGCCUGCUCUGCGGCCACAAAUGCGCCGCCGUCUGUCAUGAAGGCGACUGCCCCGAGACGCCUUGCAAGGAGCUGGUCGAGGUGCAGUGCGAGUGCGGCAAUCGAAAGCAGAAUCGCAGCUGUCAGGAGCUGGCGCGCGAGCAUAGUCGCAUUGCCACCGCCCAGCUGGCGUCCUCCAUGGCGGAGAUGUCGCGCGGCAACUACAUGGAGCUGAGCGAAAUUUUGGCGCCCAACAAAAACAACAAGUCCAACAAAACCUUGGACUGCAAUGAAGAGUGUCGCCUACUGGAGCGCAAUCGUCGCUUGGCCAUUGGCCUGCAGUCGCGCAAUCCGGACACACAGUUGAAGCCGUUGACCAAGUACUCGGAAUUCUUGCGUGGCUUUGCCAAGCGCAAUCCGGCGCUAACGAAGAGCGUCUAUGAAACGCUCACCGAUCUAGUGAAGCUGGCCAAGGAGAGCAAACAGAAGUCGCGGAGUCACUCGUUUCCCACCAUGAAUCGUGAGAAGCGCCAGCUGGUGCAUGAGCUGUGCGAGGUGUUUGGCGUGGAGUCCGUCUCCUAUGACAAGGAGCCCAAUCGCAAUGUCGUUGCCACGGCGCACAAGGAACGCUGCUGGCUGCCGGCUACGAGCAUCAUGGAGGUGCUGGCACGUGAAUCGGGGCAACGUCGCGUCCCAGUGCCCAGCAACAAUGCUUGGGGCCUGAAGAAGUAGCAUUCGUUUAAUGUUGACGACAAUACAUAACAACAACAACAACAGAAAGAGAAAGA